AUGCCGGGCUUCCUCAGCAAAGACGCUUCAGGUUCGAGAGAUGACGAAGGGAAUCGUCUGGGAGACCGAGAGUCAUUGGCCGGAUACGUGAUUUCGCUUCCCGAACGCCUGGUUCGCACUUCGGCGGCCGGAGGCGGCGGGCUGCUACUUGAGGCCACCGAUCAUAUUCUGCCGCCGCCCGUGCGUGGCGCAAAGAUAUACCAGUGCCUCAUUGCCCGGCCACUGCGUAUUACCGUAGAGGCCAUCGGCGGGGUCAGCGAGCGUUUCCCCCAGGAUGGAGCAUCGGGACAGGAACUGAUCCAGCGCAAAGUGGCCGGCAACGUCAUAGAGGCGGUAAGCGUAUUCACAGUAGGGUUUUCCCCUCUCUGGUUUCUGGCUGUUGCCUCCGAUGUAACGGGCGGGACACGCGUCUACCUGGAUGCCUUUGUGACAGAACUCAAGAAAACAGACGUACUCCCCGAGAGCACAGAUGUCUCGUCCGUUGAUGACCUGCUCUCCGUACUCGACAGGACGGUCAGCCAAGCGGCCGAUGCGAUAGAUAUUCCGCCCACAGCCAUAGCCGAUAUGCGGGACUCAGUGGACCUGCUUAAGGAGAAUGCCGGACUGAUGCCAGGGCCGCAGCGACUGGCAGAAGUUUUCGUUCAGUUAAAUGAGGCUGCGAGAGAGCAGAAACGUUCGUUGCUGGCGGUUUCCACGCUGGUUGCGGCGGGGGCGAUUCAGGCGGGCGCGCAGCUCGGCAGCGCGUAUAUUGUGUCUUUCUACACUGAGUCCCUGGAUGCUAUUCGCAGGGAAGAGGUGUCGGCAUAUCUAGCUCGAAUCAGCCAGCCCUACGUUGACGCUGCCACCAGGCACCUGGACCCAGGGCAUCAGGCCCAUACACCGCGGCUGAUAAGGCGAGUCCUCGAUCAUCUGCCCACCUCAGGGCCCGACACAAACAACCCUAUGGACAUUCGGUAA